UGAUAAUUACCGUUUAUCAAUUGCAAUCGCUAAACCAAAUAUAUAAGUGAAAACAAGAAAUUUUUUUUCUUUAUUUGUGAUAAAACAAUAUAGUUGUUGGUGAUUUUUGAUUAUUGUAUGAUCAAAUCAUGUCGGAAAAUCUUCAUUCAACAACAUCCACUAAUGAUGAAAUGGAUACGAUCCAUAUGUCCAAUGAUGAUUCUGACGGUCAAACAAAAUCAUUGUAUCCAAAUAUUCAUUCACCACCUCAGUCAUUGUCACAACCAUCAUCAUCUACUUUAACAUUAUCUUCGGCUCAGAUUCCAUCACAAUCAAUGAUUAUGACAUCUUCAAUGUUGUCAUCUAUGUCAUUAUCUGGAACGAAUCGUACGCAACAAAUAACAACCACAACAUCAUCAUCGUGCCAAAAAUUGGAAAAACUUCGCAUUAUCAAACCUUUUGAUGAACGACAACUAUUAGAAUUUUAUCGUAAUCCAUUAUUGGAUUCGAAUGAAAAAUUUAUACAACAUUUUCAGGAACGUUAUUUUUCACGUUCCACUAGUGCCACUAAUGAUUAUUAUGAUCUAAUCAUACGAUUAGAUAAAUCUGUUGAACGAUUUCAGGAUAUAAGAAAAAAUAUUGAUGAGUAUAUCGAACAGAUUAAUCAAGCUGAACAGGAAAAAUGUUGGAAUCGUAGUGAACAUCAUCUACAUCAAAGUGAUCGUUGUGGUGAUGGCCAAUUAGUUGAAGCACAACAUGAUUAUCAACGUUAUCAUUUUGAUCAGGAUUAUGUUAACAAUACAUUAGAUCGUUACCAUUAUCUAUUACGUGAACGUCUUGUUAAUGAACAUGUUGUACAUUCAUAUUUUCAUAAAUAUUUUCAAUUACGAUUCGAAUUAGUCAUCUAUGAAGCGGACGACAUUAUUCAACGUUUAGAACGAAAAAUUACGAAUUACAAUUAUUCAAAUCAACAGCCAAUCAAUCAGAAUUUUGAUUCACAUUUAUCCAUUGGUACUGUUAUUGAUGAUCAGACUUCUACGAAUUGUAGUUCAAGUAUUUUUGAUCAAACCGAAAUUGAUGUUGUCACACAGAUAUAUCAAUUAGAACCAUCAACACGAUUACUUCAUGAACAACUUUUGGAUCUAUUUGCCGCUUUAUUCGCUUAUUAUCGUCGUACAAUGGCGGACAACAACAAUUCGAAUGAAAAACUCAAACUACAUUGUUAUCAAGCAAUAAUGCAUUUAUGUCGAAAAUUUUUAAAUAAAUUAGCUAAAUAUUCUGAUCGAUUAUUUCUACUCAAUCAGAUACUGAGAUGUCCUGCAGGUUCUUCUAGUGAAUUUUCCAAUCUCUUAGAACCAUUGGAUCCUUUACCAUUAAAAUCAAAUGGACAACAAUUUGAAUUAGCUAAACAAUAUGUUGAUUAUGGUGUUGUAACUAUUGCAACGAUAUUAUCACCGAUAAAAUCCUGUAAAAGUGAACAUCAUUCAAAAAUGAUUACUUCAAACAACAAUGCUGGAGAACAAGAUAAAUCGAAUAAAGAAUCAUUAUGGCUAAUGGUAGAUAAUGAUUUAGAUGAUGAAGAAUUCUGUCUAGAUCAAUCGCCAUCUCCUAUAGCAGAAUUGACUGAAAAUGAUAUAAUCUGUUAUCUUUCACGAGUUCCAUUCCGUGAAAUGCUUCAUUUCAUGUCGCUAAUCACUGAUGAUAAUGAUGGCCAAAACUUUGAAAACAACGAAGAUAAUGAUACGAUCAAUUCAUCAACAGAAACAUCAAUGAUACGUUUGUUUGCAUUUAGUACUCGUUUGAUACAAAUAUUUCGCCAUGGUUUGCAGAAUUUUAAUUGUUUACGUUUUAAACGAUUAACAUUGUAUCUAGCAUCGAUGAUCAAACAGAUUAUCAAAACUAUAUCGGAUAAUUGGCGAUGGUGUAAGGAAAAAUUUACGACCAAAGAUCAAGCAUUAUUGAUUCGAUUACAAGUGGAAUUUGAUCAUUUUAUGUUACGAUCCAUUACGGCAAUACUUUCAACAAAUCGUCGUGGUGUAUGGCCAUUAUUGGCUAAAAUUGAUUUCGAAGGAAUUUCCGAACCAAUGCUCUGGAACAUAUUAUGGGUAGUAUAUCAGAAUGGCCGUAAUGAACAGAAUGAAAUUGCUAGUGGUCUUUGUCCAUAUAUGAGUUCGAAUUAUUGGAAAGAUAAAUUCCGUAGUCAUGUACAUUGGAAAUUUGUUUUCAUUGAAAAAUUAGCCAUCCUAUCAUUGGAAGAGGCAAGUGGUCUGUUAGAUUUUUUCUACAAUAUGGCAAUAUCAAGAUCAAAAUUUGAAUCAUUAAUGGAAUUAUCAUCAUCAUCAACAACAACAAUGUUUAAUGAUUUAUCAUUCGAUAACAUACAACAUGUUGAUGAUUUUCUUCGUGAAAUUAUCGAACGUUUUGCUGAAAUUUGUCUAUUACGUAAAUUAUAUUCAUAUCCAUUGGAUUUUGAAAAUCAAAUGUCACAAAUUAAUCCCAAUCAAUAUUUAAUAUUGAAUAAUCAAGAAUUCUAUAGUACGAAAGGUGUUGCUUGUCUAAUCAAAUUGCUCACACGUUAUAAAUCAAUGUUAUUCGUAUUGUUACAAUUUCUUCAAUCAAUCAAUGAUGAAUCAAAUCUUUUGAUACAACCAUGUUUAGAUCUAUUCACAUCGAUCGUUAUCAAUGAUUGGAAACCUGAAAUACGAUUAUUUUCAUUACUUUAUAAAUGGCUCACCGAACGUCCAUAUGAUCAUGUUCAUAAUCGUUUUGCAAGAAUUUUAUUGACAAAAAUUGGCUGGAAUCGUAUACUGGUGCAAAAUGAUCAAUGUUUAAUGAUACCGAUACAACAGCAACAACAAUUUGCAUUGAAAUUAUAUCAAGCAAUGGAACAACAUUUUAAAUCUAUUAAUCGUGCUGAUGCUAUCAAUUCUAAUAAUAAUGACACGAAAACAAAGAUUAUGAUCGAAUACCCUAUAAUUCAAAAUGAACAUCUAUCUAAUGAAGAACAUCGUUUACAUAUAGCUCAAUCCCAUAAUCCUAACGAUUAUGGUUGUUGGUGUUGGUCAAUGUUACUUUCAUUACGUCUUCAUCCAUUAGAUCUAAUACCGGAUGAAUCAUGUUGGGAUGAUAUUAUUUAUGGUUCGGAACAUAAAAAUAAAUAUUCAUCUUCAAGACGAAAACAUUGGACAAUGCAAUAUAUGAUGAAAUUUAAUUAUGAUUCUGAAAUGAUACAGAUUGCUCGUGGUAUCGAAAUGGAUAAUCCAUAUGCUAUUUAUAUUGCAGCUAUGAUGAGUGAUUUAUUAUUCAAUGCUGGUCAUUCAUCGAUCGAUCUUAAACGAAUGACUGAAUUGAAUGAUCAAUUAAUUCGUGGUGGCCAUCUAAUUCCUAUGCUUCAUAUACUUUAUCAUUUUCUUCCAUUUUGUUUUGAAAAUGAUGGCGAACUUCGUGCGAAUUCUUCAUUCAUUUUAUCGAUUUUAACAUUGCUACAAAAUGAUAUGACAGCUGAACAAUUGUCAAGCAUAAUUCUAUUACAACGGAAACAUUUUUCCCGCACAGAAUAUUCUCAACAAACAUGUCAAGCAUGGACUGAAUGUUUAUUUGAAACAAUGAAUCGUUGCUUAAAUAUGAAAACAUCAUCAUGGUUAUCAUCAUUUAUGCCACAAUUUUUACAAUCAUCAUCAAGUACACUGAAUGUUAUCGAUAUGAUACUUGGAAAAAUUACGAUAAUAUUUGAUCAAUUAUCGAUGGAAUUACUUCUUGAAAAUGGUGAUUGUCUAAAAUUAUAUCAACAAUAUUUAUGCCGAAAAUUAUAUGGUCGAAUGAUGAAUUGGAAACUAACACAAUUGGAUUCCGUUUCUGGAUUAUCGUCUGCCGGUAAUUCCGGUUCUGGUGUAUUAUCAUCUUCAUCAUCACCAGCAUCAUGGCUAUCAUUGUAUUGGUAUUCAAACGAAAUAAAUGUACCAGCAUAUCUACCUGAUAAAACAUUAAUACGAUCACCAUGGAUGACACCAUUUCAUCUAUUACUUCGACAUUGUUUAAAUUCAAAACAAUCAAUUCGAAUCCGACAACCAGUGUAUCUGAUUUUUUUGCUAACCGAAAUUGAUAUUCGUCGUACGUUUAAUAUAUGGAAUUAUUUGGUUUUUGAAUUACGGAAAACACAGUGGAACUCGAAUGAAACACAUAUCGAUUAUACGAUGAUUGAAACAGAAUUAACACAAGCAUGUACGAUAUAUGAAAAGGCACCGCUUCCAUGUCAGUUAUUACCGUUAAAUUUACUUACAGUUUAUCUAUUGAAAUUGAUUCCAACAGCAGAUUCACAAUCAUCAUCUGAUCGUCAUCCACAUCCAAUGAUACCAUUAUUAUGGCGACAAUUUUUCUCCAAUUAUUUUCUCUAUACUGAUUCAUUGUCAACGAUUGGUAAUCGAUUUAUUGAUACGACAAGAUUAAAACAAUUGAAUGAUCGAUUGAAUUCGUUAUUCGAUUAUCAUAAUCAACGAUGGAUUCGAUUGAAUAAUGAACGACCAACGAAUGACUCAAUUUCUAUUGAUUCUGAAUUAGUUCAAAAUGAACUGCAACAGCAACAACAAAGUGAUUCAAUAUCGGCUUUAUUAUUUGAAGAUCGUUUAGUAAAAUUAUACCGUGCAUAUCGAAUAUGGCUCAAGGAUAAUCGUUUUCUACAAUAUGCCGAUUUAGAUGAUGAACAAUUUGCUAAACCAGAAAUUCAGAUAAAAUUACUCAAUUCAGUUGUAUCGGUUUCAUGUGGCCGACAAAUCAUCGUUGGCCAUAAUUAUCAUUUCAUUCAGGAAAAUUUUUGGCCCGAAUUUGAUCAUUUAAAUACAUUUUUCAUGCUCAACUAUGUUCAUAAAAUACCGUUACAAUCGUAUAUAUUGUUACAUGAACAAUCAUGGAUUCGAUUAGUGAAACCAAUUCUUGAAUCAUUGAAGCAUUUCAAUGACGAUUUUGAUGAUAAUGAUAAUGGCGAUGACAAUGAUAAUAAUAAUAUUGAUCGAAAAUUACUCAAACUUCCAGAAUCAUCAUCAAAUGAAAUUCAAUUUAUCGAUACCGCCGCAUCGAGGCAAUCUAUUAGGCAAUCUGUUGAAUAUAAUCAGAGUGAUCGUUUUGGACAAAUUAUUGAAUAUUUUACCAAACUUACCGCAUCACUUAAUUGUAAUAUUCUAUUCCUGGACAGUGAUAUUGGAUAUAAUUUAGGCUAUGUACUUGAUGAUAAUAAUCAAUUUACCGUUGAUUUUGAUGGACAAAAAUCCGAACAAGAUAUAUCCAUCGUAUUUGUUAUCAUUCAUCAGAUUGUCGAUAAUAUUGUUGAAGAAGCACGUUUUGUUGAAAAUCAAUUGGAAAAAUUUAAUACAUUAAAUGUUGAAUUCUGUAAAGAUAUUCUACCGAAAUUAUAUCAUGAUGUUAGUCGUGAUCUUAUACAAAGAAUUAGCUGUGAUCGAUCAGAAUUUGAUCCAAGUGGUUGUACAAAACCUGCUGCAAUUAAAUUUGAAUUCAUUGAAUCAUUAUUGAAUAAUUAUAUUAAACAAAAAUUGGAUCGUAAUCGCGCCGAAAUGGAUACAAUUAUAACAUCCUUAAUUGAAGAUGUACCUGGACAAAAAGUAGUUGCAUCCAUAUAUUUUAUGCAAAAAAUUGCCAAUUAUCUUCUACGUUUCUAUAUCGAUGGUUCAUAUCCUCAACGAUCGGAAAAUAAUAACCAACAACAACGAAUUCAACGUCUAUUCGAAACAAUGUCCGGUUGGAUAAAUUCAAUCAAUCUAAUUGGUAUUAAAUAUCAUUUAACUGGACAAUUAUUGGACAUUUUUCUAGAUAUGUUACAGAAAUUAUCCACUAAUUAUGUGGAUGAAAUUAAUCAUUUUUAUCUAAAUACAGCAUUACAACGAAGUGUUUCAAUGUCAUUGACACAACAAUUAGCACCAUGUUUAACACCAUCGAAAACAUCGCCAAAAAUGUUUAUACAGAUGUAUAAAUUGAUUGGAUCACGAUUAAAUCAACAACAUCAACAACAACAACAACAACAGCAUUUAACAUCACCUCCGCAGAGUAUUUUCGUAUUAUUAAGUAAAUUCGAUGUUGCUACAUGGUUACAAUUAUCACAUCUAAAGGAUGAACAACGUCUCGAUCUUCUUGAAUGUUUAUUUCAAUGUUUUACAUUUUUCGGUCCAAAUCCAAGUGAUGAUUAUCUUGUUAUCUAUGAUCUUUAUCGUAAACAUUUACAGGAUAUGAUAUUAUAUCGUUUUCCAAUAUUUAUGACAAAUAUUCUGGCCUAUAUGCUACAAGGAAUGAAUGAACAACAAUUAGCGCCGACAUUAUGGAAUAGUAUUCUACAUACGUUUGGUUUUUAUACAAAAAGUUUAUCAUCAUUUUCAUCGUUAACGAAAUAUACACGACCAAAAUUGAAUGAAAAUAGUAGUUAUAUUGAUGAUUGUGAACGUGAAUUGUCGAUCAUUGAUUUUGAUUAUCAAACAUUCGAUGAUGAUCUACGUAUGUAUGUUAUGCGACAAAAAUUAUUCACAUCACAUGAACUUUAUAAUCUACUUAAAUUAAUGUUGGAAUUUAAACAUAAUCUCCAUAAUCCACAACAUCAGCAACAACAACAGCCAGAAUUUUUAGAUCAUUUCAAGAUUUAUAAUGUAAAAUUCUUACAAUUUCUAACAUUCAUAUCAUAUUGUUGGAUCAAUUCGAAUGCUACCACAUUGCCAGACGACAUUUCUAUAAUAUGGCUGCCAUUUUUUGAAAAUUGGCGAUCCUGGAUCUUUCCCCGCCAUAAUACUAAAUUCAUACAAUGGGAGCAUUUUUGUUUUGCUUGGCAAUUGUUUAUCAUUUCCGUUCAAUUUAUGUUGGAUUCAUUUUAUGAUGGCCAAUCACAGAUACUUUCCUGUAUAUGGCAACCAUUUAUGACAUUCAUAUUGGAAACACGAUCAGUCGAACGUACCGAUGUUGAAAUGUUUGAAUCAAAAUUAUUACAACUAAAAAAUUGGUCACAAUUCUAUCCAUCCAUUACCGAUAUAAAACUUAUGUAUGAAUCAAUUGUAAUGGAACGUUAUUCCGUGGAACGGCUUAAUUCAUUUGUCAUAUCCAGAAUACAAUGGAAUCAAGCGUUACUUAAUUCACCACAACAUAUUUCGAUCGAUAAUGCUGUUGAGAUUUUGGAAAAUCUUACCUAUACAAUCAUAUCGUUAGUCGAUCAACCUUACAUUGGACAGGUAGAUUUUCCUACCAUUCCAUUUUGGCUAUUACCAAGUCAAAAAAUCAAAAAAAUUGUCAUAACAUUGUUGGAAGUGAUGAAAAAACGCGUAUCUAUCGAUAUGGUUGAUAAAAAUUUGAGUACCAAACAGAAAUCUACAGAUUCGGAUAGCGAUAAUCAAUUGUUGAUCAUUAUGCGAUUGUUGAAAGCAUUGGUACAACUUCAUAAUGUUGACACCGUUACCGAAUCAGAAACGGAUCCAAUUCGACAACAACAAAAUGCAGCAAAAGUUAUAUAUUAUGCUCAUUCUAUCGGAUCGUUUAUAUCAUAUCUGGCUAAUCAAAAUGUUGAUUAUAUUGCCAAAAAUCCAGAUUCUAUGCGCUCAUUCCUAAAAGAUUCGAUCGAAUCAUUAAGACCGACAAUUGAUUCAUUUGAUAUGACUGAUCGUGUGUCGAUAUUUUGUGAGCUGUUACAAUCAUUGAAUGAAAUUCAAGAUUCAUUUAUUCGUGAUCGAUUGGCUACACAUUUUGUUACCUUAUUUUCUUAUAUGACUUCAAGUCAAUUAUUUGCCGAAAUUAUAUUUGCAAUUGGAAAGAUUAUCUAUUCAAUUAAAACGGCAAUCUUUCUACUCGAAUGUUUAUUGGAAAAUUAUUUUGAUCUUGCUGGUGAUCUACAAUAUCUGAUUGAUAACCUUGAAAUUGUUCAUCUGAAUAAACAUCUAAAUACUUUGAAUAAUUCACAGACAAAUUUAUUACAACAAUCAUCAACGAAUUGUGAUGGUAAUAAUAGCGAUCCAAUUACAAUCACAACAAGUGGGAAUCAUAUUGAAGAUUUUAUGCUUGAAUCCAUCAAAACUCGUAGCUGUCUUUUAUUAUUGAUUUAUAUUCAUCGCCGAUUAAAGCAUCGAACCGUGCCAGAUAUUUGUACACGUCGUUAUGUAUACAGUAUAAUGAUGCAAUGUGCACAACAUUUCAAAUUUGGUACUCAACCGCAACAUUCCCAACAGCUGUAUGGCAAAUUUUUCGAUGAACCAAAACAAUGUUUUUUUUGGUGCAGAUUAUUUGAUCUGCUUACAUUUGAUCAUAGUUCAAUUAGUGAUGGUUUAAAUAUUUCUAUACAUCAUCUAUCAUCAUUGAAGACGACCAAUAUUAUGAUGACCAAAAGUAAUUCUUCUAUACUAUCAACUAGUCGAUCAUUGAUGGAUAUGCCAAUAGUGUAUACGGCAAAGAUUGCACAAAAUUCAUCAUCAUCAUCACUAUUAUCAUUACCACCUCAAUCAUCAACAUCAUCACCAUUAUCACAUACCCGAAAGACAGGAUUUAUGGAUCCGAAUCAACUUUCAUUGGAUAUACAUCAGGAAGAGGUGUCACAAGCUAUUCAUACAUUAUUAUUAUUAUGUCAAUCACUUAAUUCAUCCAUUUCUGAUUCAUUAAAUCGUGGAUUUUUUGGCCUAUUUCGUACACAAAAACCACCAUCAAAUCAAUGUUUAUUUCUAUUACAAUCAUUAGUACUACAUGGUGCCUGUACAAUGAUGGAAACAUUUUUUCCUGAAUUUGAUUACCAUCAAACAUCAUCAUCAUCUACUACAACAGAUCAUGAUGAACAAUCACAAGCAAAAAUUGCAAAUGUUGAUACAAUUCGUCAACGAUUACAAACUGAUCUAAACGAAUUGAUACGUACAUCUCAUCAACGUAUACGUAGUUGGCGUAAAAAUAAAUCAUUUCAAGAUAUAUGGUCAUUGAUUGAUAAGUUACUUGAUUAUACUAAACCAAUGGUCAUAUCGGUACAAUGUAGUAAUGAAUAUCAUCAUCAUCAACAAGAACAGCAUAAUAUUCAUCAACAAUCGAAUAAUAAUAAUAAUCGAAAAAAUAUUAUUGAACUUAAUAAUGAAAUUGAUAAUCAUCAUCAUAAUCCUGAAAUACCAAUAUUUUUAAUCGGUGAUGAUGAUGAUGAUUAUGAUGGUAGCAGUGAACCAACAUCGCCAAUAAUUGAUACGGCAAUUAAUAAUUUAAUUAAUCCAAAUGAUAAUAAUAAUGAUGAUGGUAAUGGUGGACAAAUGAAUAAUAAUCAAAUGGAAUUAUUGACAAAACAAUGGCUUCGUUAUUAUAUAAGACUUUCACAACAUCAACAACAACGUUUUCAUCUAAUACAACGAUGGCUUUUAGAUCUUUAUAAUAAUCAUAAUUAUAUGAAACAUUUUAUUUAAUCAUCGAUAACCAAUUUGUGAUUUAUUUUGAUCAGUUAAUCAUGUUGUUAAUAUAAAUCGUGAUUGUUGAUUUAUUUUUUUCGUCAUUUGACAAUUAAUUGAAAAUUAAAUAAACAAUAAAAAUAAAAGGAUUUAUUUCUAAUUGAUUUUAUUUUAAUUGUGAGAUUGUGUUGUCGAUUUCUG